AUUUCAGGUAGGUUCGAUGAUUAUUGUUGCUCUGAAAACAACACAAUCAAAUGCAGCUCUCGUAAAUCUUGCCCUUGGAAAACCUGCCAGCCAGCAAAGUAAUUUUAGAUUCGAUAAUAACAAUGAGUGGACUGCUGACAAAGGGAAUGAUGGUAAUGCUGAUACUGAUAUGUUUAACAACCAUUGUUUCCAUACUGAUGACAAUACAAGUCCCUGGUGGGAAGUCGAUCUUCAGGAUGUGUAUUACAUAAGUCAAGUUAACAUCACCAACAGGCAGGACGCUGGCACUGAAAGAGCAGAGAGUGUUGAAAUCUCCGUAGCAAGACAAAAUCCUGGUAACUGGCAGAUGGUAGCGUAUAACGAAGGUCAAAUUGGCUCUUUUAUAUCUUUAACAUUUGCUCCAGUGAAAGCUCGUUACGUUAGAGUAACUUUAAGGAACAAACAAACAUAUUUACAUUUAUGUGAAGUGGAAGUCUUUGGAGAAAAUGUUCCUGCCGACGAUUGUGCUGUGAAUCUAUGUUUUAACGGCGGCGUGUGUACAAAUGGGACCACUAUUCUUUCUCUUGGAAAACCUGCCAGUCAGUCAAGUAAGUUUAAAUUCGAUAAUAACAAUGAGUGGACUGCUGACAAAGGGAAUGAUGGUAAUGCUGACAGUGAUUUGUUUAACAACCAUUGUUUCCAUACUGAUGACAAUACAAGUCCCUGGUGGGAAGUCGAUCUUCAGGAUAUCUAUGACAUAACUCAAGUUAACAUCACCAACAGGCAGGACGCUGGCACUGAAAGAGCGCAGAACAUUGAAAUCUCCAUAGCUAAGGAAAAUCCUGGUAAUUGGAGUAUGGUGGCGUACAAGGAGGGCGAAAUGGGUCCUUUCAUGUCUUUGAAGUUUGAUCCAGUGCAAGCUCGUUAUGUCAGGGUAACUUUACGGAACAAGCAAACACAGUUCCAUCUGUGUGAAGUGGAGGUUUAUGGAUACAAAUAAUUAACAUACAAAAAUGACAAGAACGAACGACAGCAAGAAAGGAGAGAUGAGAAGGAAGCAAAUGUAAACUGACCAUUUUCUUGCAAGUCUUACUUUAAUCAGAUGCUACCUUUUAAUUUAAC